AUGACCUCCUGGCGCGGUGAAGCAUCUGCUCCGCUCCCUUGCACCAUAGAUGCAACAUCUUGGCUUGCCAUGGCUCUGAUACCACUUGUUAGUCCCUGCCUGAACAUGCUCAGAGGGUUUAACUGUUCCAUGUAUGAUGGCAAUCAUUGGUCGACCACAUCAGACAGUCUUCUGGUUUCCAUUCAAGAGAAGAUAAAAUGGGCAGAUAACAUGGCUGAGAUGGACAAGAAGCACAGGGAGGAAAUAGAUGAGAGGGUGGAAGAAGUGAGGAAGACACUGUCCUUGAAGGUCGACAUUGACUUGCGAGGGCAUGAGGAGCUCUUUUCUGAACAUGGUGGAGUGAUGGACUUUGACCAAGACCGUAAUCGACCCAAAAGGAGACGACACCCCAUGGGCUGA